UACCUGAAUGACCUGGACAGGAUAUCCCAGCAGAACUACGUGCCCACGCAGCAGGAUGUCCUGCGCACCAGAGUCAAGACCACUGGCAUCGUGGAGACACACUUCACAUUCAAGGACCUCUACUUCAAGUCAGUAACCUGUUAACACGGCACUCAGUGCACUGACUCACACUAAUAAUAACUGAGGACCUUGGUACCUACAGUUAGUGAUUCACUAAUGUAGAAAAUCCCAAAGCUGUCUGUACAUCCCCCUAGUGACCACAAUUUACUCUAGGAGUGUUUCUUUGUCUUUCUCUCCUGUUCAUUCCCUUUUUUAUGUCCUCCAUCUUUUUCUCACUUCCUGUUAUUUCUCUCUGUCUGAAUCUCCGUGGCUGCAGGAUGUUUGAUGUGGGGGGUCAGAGGUCAGAGAGGAAGAAGUGGAUCCACUGCUUUGAAGGAGUCACAGCCAUCAUCUUCUGUGUUGCGCUCAGUGACUAUGACCUGGUGUUGGCUGAGGAUGAGGAGAUGGUGAGUGGGACAAGGCAUAAACUCUAGAUCUAUAGUCCUGUGGUAAUUACAUGAUACUCUUAUCAAAAGAGAAUGCUUAACAGUUUUACCCACACGCUGACCUUAACACUGCUCAUCUCUCCACAGAACCGUAUGCACGAGAGCAUGAAGCUGUUUGACUCCAUCUGCAACAACAAGUGGUUCACGGGCACCUCCGUCAUCCUCUUUCUCAACAAGAAGGAUCUGUUUGAGGACAAGAUCCAGAAGAGCCCUCUCACUAUCUGCUACCCAGAGUACUCAGGUACAUCUUUAACCCUUUACACUCGUUGGAAUUGGCCUAUAUGGAUAGGGCUAAAUUAAAAUGUUUCUUACAGAAGAAAUAUGAAAAUGUAUAACAAUGUAACAAUUGAAAGGAAACAUUUUGUAGAUUAUGUAAAAAUGACUAGACUAAAGGUAAGGACACAACAGUUCACCUGACACAAGACUGAAUUCAAACAAGCUACUGUUGAUUUGAUGUGCAUUUGACAUUUUCUGUACUUUUCGCCGCAUUUGUGGAUAACGAAAUCUGAAAAUACUCUGGGUACAUUCAGUAACAUGAUAAGAAUAUUCCUGGAAAAUGUGGGGUAGGUGCAACACACACAAAAAAAUAUAUACACCGGUUUGAGUGAGAGCACUAACUGGUGUCUCCAAGUGGCCACACACCUCUCCAGAGUGUGCACAGUUCCUAAGUCAUUUCAAUGCACUUUAAUGACUCAAAGAAGAGUCUUCAACUAAGGUGCUUUUUUUGAGCUGUCCUAGCUAUGCUGUUGAGGAACUAGAGCAAGCACACUUGUUUUUGUUUGGAGCACAACCCUGCAUUCCUGCCAUCAUACAAUUACUGUUGUUUACGCAACCCAAAAACUGUCCAUUAUAAAUCGCAAACUGGCGCUUAUCAGUACCCAAAUCUUCAAUUUUCAAUUUGUGUAUGGGUACGAGUGUAAAGGGCUACAGAAGGGCUACUAAUACAUUCUUUAACAUUUUACAGAUAUACAGGUGGAUAUUCAGGAAUCGGCAUCUAUAAAACAGCACAAAACACAAUUUCCUGUGGGAUUGUUGUUAUAGUAACCGCAGUGCAUUUGCACACAGUUGAUUCUUGUUUGAGAUGUCUGAGUAGUGAGUAAUACCUCUAUUAUGAAAUAUUAGCUUGUGCAAUAUGGGAGGCGUUUCAUGGCACACUUUGCUGAAGCAGGAAAUUUGAGUUUAGCAAGUUUUUAGUCUAUAAUAGGAAAUGACCAGUUUGCCCAAAGCAAUGUAUUAAUUAAAUCAUACAUAUUUUGCAUGUCCUUGUGAGAAUAAGUGCAUAAAUCAGAUUGAAAACAUAUUCCCCUCCUCUACUCUAGGUCCAAAUGAAUUGAAAGAGGCGUUAAUCUACAUUCAGUGUCAGUUUGAGGACUUGAACAAGCGGAAGGAUACAAAGGAGAUCUAUACCCAUUUCACUUGUGCUACUGACACUAAGAACGUGCAGUUUGUCUUUGACGCUGUCACUGACGUCAUCAUCAAAGUCAACCUGAAGGAGGUUGGCUUGUAC